AUGCCCCCAAAGCCCCCACCUAAUUCCAAAAAGACAAAGCUUUAUAACAGCAGGGCUAUCCGGUCAGAGUCUGUAGACCCUGCAGUGAAAGAUGGUGUUCUAGAUGUUUCUCAAUUUCUAUCGUCUCGUGAGUACGAAAUCAGAGCAUUUGAACAAUCACAGCUCAACACAAAAUAUGCCACAUCAACACGAGUAUUUCAGAGUUUACCUAGGACACUUCGAAGAAGAACAGCUUCGCACAAUGUGAAGAGGAUUCCUAAGCGAUUGAGAAAUAAAGCUCUCAGAGAAAUGCAGAACUCGGUCUCAGGGACACCAGACAAAAAACCCCACUUACGUGGACGAGAAUUGUACCGUUUGAAGAUGCAGAAAAGGCUUUUACGGUUGGCAUCGAAGAUAAAGGAAAUGAAGGAGCUUCCAAGGGUUCAGGGUACGUCUGUUCAAGAGAAAAUCAAGAUUUUGAAUAAACAGAUUGACGAAUCGAGAAAAAAACGAACAGUUUCUCUCAACAAUAAGGUUGGGGCCCAUGAUAUUUGUGCAACAAAUGCUUUGGCACCCAAACCAUCGGGGAACAUGAAGUUUGCUCAUAGACAGAAAGAAUUUACAUGGUGCCCUACGCAUAUCUGGCACGCAAAGAGGUUUCACAUGAUGAAAAGAUGGGGAUUUCAGAUUCCAUUCAGCCCCAACCAAAAAUGCUUCAGAUCAACAAGUAGAGCUGCUAAGCAAGCUACCUUGGCUUACGAGACAUCGUACUAUGGAGAAUUCAUUACGGAAUUCCCCACAACCGAGUCUCUAUGUGCAUGGUUGACAACAUUUACGAAGUACAACAGUCCUGUUCCUGAAUGGCUUUUGGGACUGAAAGUAUACAAUGACUGGAUCUAUGUGGACGAUAAGAAGUUUGCGUUAGGAACUGUUGUGGUGGAUUUACCUCUCAAAAAGAUUCUUGUUAGGGUCCAUCCUAGUGUCUAUGAAGAUUUCUUUUCCAAAGUUGUGGAAUGGGCCCCAGAAGGUGUAACAACAAUCGACUCUCGCUUUGCUCUCGGAAGUAUCCAACUACACGGGCCCACAGCAUUACAGUCAUUAGCCAAAGUGUUGCAUCUUGAACUGGCGUCGGCCGCAGUUUCUGAUGCCUGGAGAUGGUGUUCGCAAGUGGCAGACUCACUGAAUAUUCCAAUAGGGACAGUGUUUUGUUUUUUUGCAAAAGACCCCCGCUUCUGGAAGCAUCCAGUGAAUCCACCACCAAGCAGCAAGCGAGGCGGAGACUUUCUUUUCGAGAACCAGCGUUUUGUGGAACCUUCUGUCCUCUCUUCCCUUUUACUGUCUGAGGGCCGCACUGCUUCAUACGACAAUAUGUACUCGUUGAAACAAUUGGGCAAAGAAUUCGCUAACCACGACCCGUCUUCUACACAUAUCCACGGCGCAUCCAAACUUCCCGUACUCAUCUAUAAAAUGGCAAACGGGACCUGGUGCGUGAACAUGCCGUGGUUUUGGGUCCAGCCAGUGUGGAGCAAGUUGGUGCAGGUGAAGAGCAUCAAAACCGCUGGAAUGAGACAGGAGCACCAGAUCAACUUUGAGCGUGGCAUUGCAACGUACCCACAUGAUUUUCCUUAUCUAUUCGAGGGUUACAAAGAGCACUUGCUACUUGAAGCGGCUACGCAAGCUGCCCGCGCAAAACUUCCUUUAAGUAAACAAGCACCGAUGAAAGUUGAAGGACGCUUACAACUCGGCUGCGAUUGGUUUUUCCUUCGGAAGUGGAUUUUUGGCAUGAAAUUAAUUGAUAGAAAGGACAGCGUUGCUGCCCAUGGUGAGUUUACUGAAGAACGCGUGCGCAUUAUUAAGAACACAGACGAUUUGGCACUAGUGAUUGCCAACACAAGGCCAGAGUCAGAAAAAGACAGUCCUAUCGCCCUCUUUAGUCGUGCCGAUCCAACUCACAGGGCAAUAGUUGAGGGCACUUACAAGCCUGAUGUGUCCAAGUUUCCUGCCCUUCCCGUGGUGCAGGUACAUCUAGAACUAAUUGGAAAAGGAACAAUUAGAGAUAAUGCUCGAAUUUACGAGGUGACCAAAAAUGUCAGCAUGGAAAACCUUGUUGGAUUCGUUACUAGCGGUUCUUUCAAUUUCAGACAGGGUUCGCCUACUGGAAUAGGGCUAAUCGCUGCUCACUGUAAGAAGCAGCAAAAAGUCUAUGUCCGCAAUGUGGGAUGCACCACAUAUUCACCCGCAAGGAUACGUUUGAUAUGA